CUGCUGCAGGUCGUCCUGGGCUGCGCUCUGGUGGCGCUGAACUUUGGAGCGCUGUCACUGAGCAGCGCCCCGCAGGUGAAGAACGCGUGUCCCUUCUGGGUCAGCUGUUCGGUAAUCUUAUCUGGAAUCUUAGGCCUAACAACAUGGAAGAGGACGAUAGUGCAUUUGGAUAACCUAUUUCUUGUGCUGUCUGUCGCCUGUAUUCUUGUCCCCAGAUGCGAUUUGGUGGAUAUGGAUGAAAACAAGGUUUGUUUCUGCUGUGAAGAAUUUCAUCUCACUGAAUGCACAGAAGAAGAAGCUGUGCUGAAGCUAUACUACCUGAAGUCAUGCAGUGCUUCUCACCUUCUUCUCAAGAAAUUUCUCUUUGCUCUUUGUGCCCUGAAUGCUAUCACCACUACAGUUUGCUUAGUAGUGGCUACCCUGCGUUACUUACAGAAUUUUGCAGCAAGAUCCUGCACAGAUGAAUCUCAGGUUGAAGACCAAGAUCAUGAUUUGGAUCCUGAUGAUUUUGUCCCACCUGUGCCACCUCCCUCCUAUUUUUCAACUUUUAAUUCUUAUACUCCACGAGUGACUUGCAGGAUGCUUGGCUCUGAUGUGAUUCCAUUGCCCCAUAUUUAUGGAGCACGAAUCAAGGGCAUUGAAGUGUUCUGUCCUCUGGAGCCACCUCCUCCUUAUGAAGCUGUGUGGAGUGAGAACAGCUCUGAGCAGGAAAGUGCACUCCAAAUACAUGUCGUGGAAGUUAUUGCUGAUCUGGAGGAAGCGAGUGACAGGGAGGCCUCUCAAGGUGAAGAAAUUCCUGAGUCUUCCAGCAGAGUGAGCCGUUCCCCUUCAAACGCAAGCAUGGUGGCUGCAGACAGAGCCAGCAGCGGAAGAGCCUUCAAUCCUUCGGUGAAACGGUCAAACAGUGACCCUUUGCUGUACCGCCGGUUGCUCCAAG